GGGUAUCUUGGAAACCAGCUGGAAGCGAAGCUGGACAAGCCAAAUGUGGUGAAUUGGAUGUGCUACCGCAAAACGGAGGAUUACUUCACCAUCUGGCUCAACCUCAACACCUUCCUGCCAGUGGGGGUGGACUGCUGGAUCGAUAACACCAGGGUGGUCUACAACCGAACCUCUCGGAAAAUGUCCAGCGCCCCAGGGGUGCACAUCCGCGUGCCCGGUUUUGGCAAGACUUAUUCCGUGGAAUACCUGGAUCAGGGCAAGCUGGCAGGUUACAUGCACACCCUGGUACAGAACCUGGUGAACAAUGGCUACGUGAGGGACCAGACGGUUCGAGCAGCUCCCUACGACUGGAGGGUUGGGCCCCGCGAGCAGCCUGAGUACUUCCAGAACCUGAAGGCGCUGAUCGAGGAGAUGCACGACGAGUACCAGCAACCCGUCUUCUUCAUCGCGCACAGCAUGGGCAACCUGCACGUCCUCUACUUCCUGCUGCAGCAGACGCAAGCCUGGAAAGACCAGUACAUUGGGGGCUUCAUCUCCAUGGGUGCACCCUGGGGAGGGUCCGUCAAGCCCCUGCAUGUCCUGGCAUCUGGUGACAACGAGGGCAUCCCGCUCAUGUCCAACAUCAAGCUGCGCAAGGAGCAGCGCAUGACCACCACCAACCCCUGGGCGUUCCCAACGAGCCUGGCCUGGCCUGAGAACCACAUCUUCAUCUCCACGCCCUUCUACAACUAUACCUACCGGGAUUUCCAGCGCUUCUUCACCGACGUCAACUUGGAGGACGGCUGGUACAUGUGGGAGGACAUGAAGGACUUGCUGAAGGGCUUACCGCCCCCCGGGGUGGACACGUAUUGCCUCUACGGCACAGGUCACCCCACCGUGGAGACGUACAUCUACGAUGAGAGUUUCCCUUACGAGGACCCUGUGGACGUGAUUUACGGCGACGGGGACGACAGCAUCAACAUCCGCAGCUUGGAGAUGUGCAAGCGAUGGCGCAGCCAGCAAAAGCAGAAGGUGUACGUCCAGGAGCUGCGAGGCAUCGGCCACUUUAACAUGGUCUUCAACAACCUGACACUCAGUUCCAUCAAUGAAAUCCUGCUGGGGAGCCUGCGGGAGCAGGGCGAGCUGGGACAGGCAAGAUCCAGCCUAGAGGCGGGGAGGAGAGGGAAGAUCCUGCCUGGACAGAAAGUCCUUAAGAAGCCCAAAAAGAAC